GUUGCGGCGGGAAGCAAACAACUUAAAGUUUAGACAAUUAUUUAUAAAAUUAUAAAAUAGAUUACAUUACUAGAAGACCUAAUUUAAUUGUUAAAUAAAACUGAAUUAGCUUGCAAUGUUUAAAAACAGUGUAAAAUUCCUCACUAGGAUUUCUACAUCAUCAUUCAACAUCAGCGUACGGAAUUAUCCGGCACCUCCCAAACGAUUUUACCGCCAAACCGGUAUCAUCACUAGCAAUGGCAAGUAUGAAAUCACACUGGACCAGAGAAAGUUAAAAACGCCCAAAGGAGCCCCCUUCUACGUGGAGAGCGAACCCCUUGCUAUUGCAAUUGCUACUGAAUGGGACGCCCAGAAGGAUGUGAUCGAUCGCUCCCGGAUGCACUUGACGGCGCUCAGCAGCACUGUAAUUGAUAACCCGAACAAUCUACAGAAAGCCGACAUCGUCAAUUAUCUGGUGAAUUAUGCCAACACCGAUGCGAUCCUGUAUCAGUCCAAUGAAGACAAACGUCUCAAAGAGCUACAAGUGGCUGAAUGGAACCCAGUCAUAGAGUGGUUCAACAAGCGUUACGACGUGAAUGUUGAGGCCACGGACGCUCUGGAAGUUCCAAGUUUUGCCCCUGGUACGGCUAUGAACAUAGGCCGUUAUCUGACGUCGUACAAUGAAGCCGCGCUGCACGGUAUAAUGUACGCAGUGGACACAAUGAAAUCGGUAAUCUUGACGUGCGCUUGCGUGGAUCGAUUUAUUGCGGUUGAAAAAGCGGUUCUGUUGUCGCGGUUAGAGGAAGAAUUCCAGCUGGGUCACUGGGGACGCGUUGAGUGGGCUCACGACGUCAACAUGCUGGACUUGCAAGCCCGACUCUCUGCUGCAAUACUGUUUGUGUAUUUCAAUUCCAGCAACGCGUUUGUGAAACAGAAAAUAUCCAUCUAGAAAUAAUAAAACAGUGCGAACCUGCAGUAUGACUAAAAUUGCAAA